AUGGCCGACUCACCGGUGAGACCGUCGCGACGCGCGGCAGCAAAGCGGAAGGUGGUAAUUGACGAGGAGGACGGAUCAGACAUCGAAAACAGCGUGGUCAGCCGGCAACAGGAGCAGGACGAGGAGGACGACUUUACGCCUGCACCGAAGAGCUCCAAGGCGUCGCCAAGGAGAAAGACGGGCGGCGAUGCGACAAAUCGAAGGCGAACCGUCGCGAGCAGGCGAAAGACGCAGGUGGGCGAUGCGACUGAGGCAUCCAUCGAGCCGUCGCAAGUCUUCACUCCUCCCGAGAGCGUGGCAGACACGACCGAACCGCCUUCGCCUACCAAGACGUCGCCGGCAAAGAGAAGAACAGUGCGCGCGCGUCAGAGCAGGGCAUCGCGCGUAUCAAUUGCCACGGAUGCGCCCGAGCUACAGCCUGGUCUGCCAACACCACAGCCCACCAUAUCGCCCGAACCGAGACAAGAUGCAGCUUCGCGAUCGGCCACCCCGCUCACCGACAUCACCGAAUCUGCCAUCAAUGCGCAACCGCCGCGGCAGACGUCACGACACACGCCGCCUGAAGAGGACGCCGAGAUGACGGAUGUGACAAUGGAGGAGGACCCGGCCACGCCGAAAGCAGCGCAUCGAAAUCCACCCUCUCCAGCUGAAGAAGGCGUCCUUGGGUCUGCAGAAAUUGCGCAAACGCCGCGCGCAGACACGACGAGAAUCGAAGUCAAGAAGAUCGAUCCAAAUGUCACGAGACUGGAACGACCCAUGGACAUCGUGGUCAAGAAGAGAGCACUGGGAAUUCAGCCAUCACAGGAGCCAGCAGCACCCAAAGAACGCAUGACCAUCACAUAUCUCACCUUGACCAAUUUCAAGUCAUACGCAGGAAAGCAGGUAGUGGGUCCUUUCCACUCCUCCUUCUCCUCGGUUGUUGGUCCGAACGGUUCUGGUAAAAGCAAUGUCAUUGACUCGCUUCUAUUCGUCUUUGGGUUCCGUGCGAGCAAGAUGCGACAAGGCAAGAUUUCGGCCCUGAUCCACAACAGCGCGCAGUAUCCUGAUCUGGACUAUUGCGAAGUUGAGGUGCAUUUUCAGAUGGUCAUGGAUCAGCCCGGAGGUGCUUCGACUCCCCUCCCAGACUCUCAGAUGAUCAUCUCCCGGCGAGCUUUCAAGAACAACAGCAGCAAAUACUACAUCGACGGCAAGACUUCCGACUUCACCACCGUCACGACAUUGCUGAAGGGCAGAGGGAUUGAUCUGGACCACAAGCGAUUCCUGAUUUUGCAGGGUGAAGUCGAAUCGAUCGCUCAAAUGAAGCCAAAGGCGGCCGGCGAGCACGAUGAUGGCUUGCUGGAGUAUCUUGAGGACAUCAUCGGCACGUCCAAGUACAAGACACCAAUCGAUGAAGCUGCGACCGAGACGGAGACCUUGAACGAAGUCUGUUUGGAAAAGAGUGGCCGAGUGCAGCACGUCGAGAAGGAGAAGAACAGCUUGGAAGACAAGAAGGAUAAAGCAUUGGCGUAUAUCCGCGAUGAGAAUGAGCUUGCCUCCAAGCAAUCUGCGCUCUACCAGAUCUACGUGGCCGAGUGCGGUGACAACGUGCAGGUUUCAGAAGAGGCCAUUGCUCAGAUUCAAGAACAACUGAGCCAGGAGCUCGAUCGACACAGAGGUGCGGAAGAAGAAGUCAAGGCACUCGAGAAGCAGCACAAGUCUGAGUCCAAGGCAUUCGAAAAGAUGGAAAAGGAAGCCGCCGCUGUCAAGAAGCAGGUUGACGAUCUCGAUAAAGCACACGUCAAGAUUGAGGAAAAGAAGAAGCACCUCAAGAACAAGGAGAAGAAGCUUGAAAAGACACGAGACACUUCGACCUUCGAGAUUAGCAAUUCUGAAGCGCAAGCGAAGCAUGCCCAGAACGAUGUGGCGCGGCUGUCAGGUGAAAUCGAGCAUCUUGAACAAGCGAUGCAGGCCGAGGAGCAGGAGCUGGCAAAGAUUCGCGACUCGCUCAAGGGCAAGACGCAGGGCAUCAGCGAUGAGAUUGCGGUUAAGCAGAAGCAGCUUGAGCCGUGGAGUGCCAAGAUCAACAACAAGCAGUCUUCCAUUGCUGUCGCCCAGAGUGAACUUGACAUGCUUCAAGAGCGGGAGAAUGCUGGUGCCAAGGCCAUCGAAGAAGUUGAAUCGAAGAUCGCUGCUCUUCAGGAACAGCGUGAUGCCAAAGCCUCUGAGAUUGAAGCCUGCAGGAAGGAGCAGAAAUCUGCAGAGAAAGAGGUCGUCGUUGUCCAGAAGCAACUCGAUGGAGUGAAGGCGAAGGAGCCGGCUGCCAAAGAAAAGAUGACCAACGCAAGACAGAAGGCUGAGGAAGCGCGAUCCAGCUUGUCCGCCAGCAAAGCACAAGGUAACGUCUUGGCAGGUCUGACUCGACUGAAGGAAUCUGGUCGUAUCGAUGGCUUUCAUGGACGUCUUGGCAAUCUCGGAGCCAUUGACGCAAAGUACGACAUUGCCAUCUCUACUGCCUGCCCGUCGCUCGAGAACAUGGUCGUUGACUCCGUCGAAGCUGCUCAGCAGUGCAUUGAGCAUCUCCGUAAGAACAACCUCGGAAGGGCCAACUUCAUCUGUCUGGAUCGACUCCCACAGCGAGAUCUGUCUCCGAUCGAUACGCCAGAGAACUGUCCGCGUCUGUUUGACCUCAUCAAGAGCAAGCAUGAACGUUUCCGACCUGCCUUCUAUAGUGUGCUUCAGAAUACCCUGGUUGCAACAGACUCGCAGCAGGCAGAUCGCGUCGCCUAUGGUGUCAAGCGAUGGCGAGUAGUGUCGCUGGAAGGCAAGCUGAUCGACAAGUCCGGUGUCAUGAGUGGUGGUGGCAACACGGUCAAGAAGGGUGCGAUGUCCUCAAAGGUGGCAUCCGAUACCACCAAGGAGCAAGUACAGAAGCUGCAGCUUGACAGUGAUGCGGUCGAGAAAGAGUAUGCCGCUAUCCAGGAACAGCAACGAGAGCUUGAAGGUCAAUUGCGCGAACUCCAAAGCAAGAUUCCCAAGCUCGAAACACAAGCGCAGAAGCUGGGACUGGAAUUGGGCAGCAUUGAGCGCAACAUUGACGAUUCACAGAGGCGCAUCGAAGAGCUCGGCGCCGAACAAAAGACUUCAAAGUCAGACAAGAAUAAGACCGCCACUCUUGAAAAGAGCAUCGCCAGCAUGCAGAAGGAGGUCGAGAAGCUGCAGUCCGAAACUGAAGGUAUCGAGGCUGAAAUCAAGGAGUUGCAGGACAAGAUCAUGGAGAUCGGUGGCGUGAAGUUACGUGGCCAGAAGGCGAAGGUCGAUGGCCUCAGAGAGCAGAUCGAAGCUCUGGCUGAACGUCUGAAUAAUGCGGAGGUCUCCAAGACCAAAGCAGAGAAGGCACGUCAGAAGCACGAAAAGGCUCUGAAAGAUGCUGAAUCAGAGAUGGAGAAGGUCGCAAAGGAGCUCGAAAAGGUUGAGGACAGUGCUCAAACGCAGAACUCUGGCAACUCUGAGCUUCGUCGUCAGUACGAUGAUGCCAAGAUUGCACUUGAGGAGAAGAAAGAUGAGCUCGAUGGGAUGAAGCGACAGCUCGACGAAAUGACCACCGAGCUCAACAACACCCGUGGUGCUGAAGUCGAGAUGCGCAACAAGCUCGAAGACAAUCAGAAGCAUCUUGUCACCAACCAGAAGCAGAUGAAGUACUGGCAAGAAAAGCUGUCAAAGCUUACUCUGCAGAAUGUUGCUGAGGACGGCGAGGAGAAGGACCCAGAGCCAGUACCUGAGCUCUCUCGCGACGAGCUGGAAGACCUCGACAAAGAGUCUCUGAAGGCAGCGAUUGCUUCGCUGGAGGAGAAGACCUCUGGUGCACAGGCAGAUGUCAGCGUCCUCGCAGAGUACCGUCGCCGCGUGCAAGAGUACUCUUCCCGUCUAGAAGACCUCAACGCUGCACUUUCAGCCCGUGACGCCGCCAAGAAGCGUACCGACGACCUCCGCCGCAUGCGUUUAGAAGGUUUCAUGGAAGGCUUCUCCCUCAUCUCCAUGCGCCUGAAGGAGAUGUACCAGAUGAUCACCAUGGGAGGUAAUGCGGAACUGGAGCUUGUCGAUUCCCUUGACCCUUUCAGCGAAGGCAUCCUCUUCUCCGUCAUGCCCCCCAAAAAGAGUUGGAAGAAUAUCGGAAACCUUUCGGGUGGGGAGAAAACGCUCUCGUCGCUUGCGCUCGUCUUUGCCCUUCACCACUACAAGCCUACACCACUAUACGUCAUGGACGAAAUCGAUGCCGCUCUGGAUUUCCGGAAUGUCAGCAUCGUGGCCGCGUACAUUAAGGAAAGAACGAAGAAUGCGCAGUUCAUCGUCAUUUCUUUGAGAAAUAAUAUGUUUGAACUUGCGAGUCGGUUGGUGGGUGUUUAUAAGGUCAAUCAUAUGACGAAGAGUGUGACGGUUGAGAAUCGUGACUAUAUUGUGCCGCAGCAGUCACAAGCUACUGCUGCCGCGGCGGCUUAA